GAAUGCGGACCCAACGAGAGCUUGCGUGGUAGGGCCCCGCCGCAGGAGUGUUAUAGAUACCACUUGGGGCCAUCUCCAGUCCCUCGAGUUUUUUUUGAGCAGCAAUCACUUUGUGUCCGUUCUCUCUUUCCCCCCGUGCAGUGCCUUCUUCGCUCUGCCUUUUAGCUGUGCAUCAUGUCUUCGUAUUCAAAUUCAAUGUUCUCUACCGGCUUCAGGGAACGCCCACAGAAACGAAACACUUACCGACUCAAUGCCAAUAACAUCGACUUCGACUUCCUGCGGAAGAACAUCACCAGCUAUCUCGGGGGCGGUGCCUCGGUGCAUCCCGCCGUCAGGAUCAUGAACGGCGAGGAGUACUACCUAUAUGACGCCGCACGGCCAUUGAUUCCUAGCCAAGUCCGAGACAUCGAAGUCGACUCGGCCGAGCACCUAGAGCGCUCAUCAGCCUCUGCGCGCUCUCACCACCGCCGCGUUGGCUCGGGGGGCUCACGCGGUCGUCGAUGGCGCCGCCGCCGGAGAGACUCGCCACCUCCUAUCAUCCAGCUGGACGUCAAUAUAUUCAUGAAUGGGCACAGCAUACCGACGGCCACCAUCAACCGCAGCAUGUCGUCGACGCCCGUGGAGCAUCACCGCGGCUGCCAAAGCGCAGCAGCAGCGGCGGCGGCGGUGUGUCCGCCGAACCAGCAGCGGCAGCAACACCAGCCACCCCGAGCAAUAACAUCAACACCACAGCAGCCACCAUCCCCACCGACACCCGCACCCGCCCCACAGCAUUAUGAACACACCGACCGCCAGCGCCAGCAGCUAGCGGCAAUGUUCACGCCGGCGAUCACCCCGCCCCCCGUCGAGUUCUACCAGCCGAAGCCGUCGCUGCGGUUCCGGACUCCGUCCGUCAGCUCGUUGAGCGCCGUCAGUGCGUGCUCUUCGCCGAAAACAUUUACUUCUUCUAGUGGCGCCGCGGGCGAUGCGCCGAUAGCUCUUUAGCUACUACUUACUUGUGUAUUCUGAACUCUGGUGUAUUCUUUAUUAGCGGGAGGGGGCUGUUGUUAUUAUUAUUAUUACUAUUUUGGUUUGGUUUGGUUUGGUCUUGGUUUUUGGUUUUUGUUGUCCCGUACUUAGCGGGAGUUAUGCUGGUUGUUUUGUUUGUGCUGUAUAUACUUUUAUUGGGCGACUUUGUUUUUCAUUCAUUUUCAUUUUUUUUUUCGCGGAACUUCCGAAGGGGAGCAUGGAGGAGGAAUCGGUCCAGCGGAGAAAACCGACAUGGAAGGGAUGGAUGGAUGGAAGGAAGGAUGAGGAGGCGGACUACCGGUAUUAAAGUCUGUUCAUAGAUGGCAUGGAAAGAAUACCAUAUCCCCCCCGGGCCCCAGGGGCCAGCUUUGGAAACC